AUGGCUUCCUGCAACUCGUGGACUUUUAGGAUUUCGCUCUCCUUCUUCUCCUUCUUCUGCAUCUCCAUACCCCAUGCAACGCCACUCUCCUUCGAGUUCAACUUCUCCGAUCCGGUGCUGUCGGCCGACAUCGCUCGUAAACACGACGCUACAUGGAACGGCACCGUCAUCAACCUCACCAAGGAUACCACCGUCGGUCUCCUAACCAAUAGCUCCGGGCAAGUCUAUUACAACCAUCCGGUGCCUCUCUGGAACCGCACCACCCAUGAGGUGGCUAGUUUCCGCACGAGCUUCUCUUUCGUCAUCCAGGCCAUGAACCCGACGCUCUACGGGGACGGUCUCGCUUUCUUCCUCUCACCUUUUCCACCGGCGCUCCCCGACUUCAACGGCGGCGGCUUACUCGGCCUCUUUGAGAACGACAGUACUGCCCUGAAUCCGAGCGCAAAUACGGUUGUCGCGGUGGAGUUCGACACCUACAAGAACUCCUGGGACCCGAGCGACAAUCACAUCGGCAUCGACGUUAAUUCCAUCAGCUCUACGGCGUAUGAGAAUUGGACCACGGCCAUCGACAGCGGUGGCAGGGCAACGGCGUGGAUCGACUACGAUAACGGCACUAAUCGUUUGAGUGUCUUCCUGUCGUACGAUCAGCAUGCAGUCUUCAGCGGCACUUUCAACCUCUCUUGCGUCGUCGAUUUGAAGGCAAUUCUGCCGGAGGAGGUGGCCGUCGGAUUCUCAGCUGCCACCGGCCACGCUAUCGAGCUGCAUCAGAUCCUGUACUGGAAUUUCGAUUCGACUUUGAACCCCCAGAACACCAGCGCGAGUUCACCGGCGGUCGCGGGAAAUGAGACGAAGAAGCACAAUAGCAACGCUCUAGUUGCUUCGGGCUUAGGCGCUGCCGGCGUAGGUUUGUUGCUGUGCUUGGUCGGAGUGGCUUGGUUUCUUCUGUGGUGUAAGAAGGCCGUCGGCACGAAAGAAGGAGAUGAUGUCCUCGACGAGGACGAGGAUGAUCCCAUCGACGAUGAGUUCGAGAAAGGCAAGGGACCCCAUCGUUUUCCUUACAGCGAGUUGGUUGCCGCGACGAACACCUUUGACGAGGCCGAGAAGCUCGGCGAGGGAGGCUUCGGCUCCGUCUACAGAGGGUCGUUGAGGGGUACGAACCUCUGCGUCGCCAUCAAAAGAAUCUCCAAGGGGUCAAGGCAAGGAAGAAAGGAGUACAUGUCUGAGGUCGGUACGAUAAGCCAGUUGCGGCACCGCAAUCUGGUGCAGCUCAUCGGUUGGUGCCACAAUCGCAGCGGCGAAUUCUUGCUAGUUUACGAACUGAUGCCCAACGGAAGCCUAGACUCCUAUCUCUACGGCGCCGCCGAGCGACUGCUGCCGUGGGCGGCGAGAUACAACAUAGCGCAAGGCUUGGCCUCGGCUUUGUUCUAUCUCCACAACGAGUGGGAGCAGUGCGUAGUCCACCGCGACAUCAAGUCGAGCAACGUCAUGCUCGAUUCGUUGUUCAACGCCAAGCUCGGCGAUUUCGGGCUGGCGAGGCUCAUCGACCACAGUCGCGGCUCGCAAACGACGGUUUUAGCCGGCACCAUCGGAUACUUGGCCCCCGAAUGUUUCAUCACCGGAAAGGCCAGUAAAGAAUCCGACAUCUUUAGCUUCGGAGUCGUUUUACUCGAAAUCGCCUGCGGGAGGAAGGCGUUAGAGCCGGGCAAAGUUAGUUUGAUAGAGUGGGUCUGGGAUCUCUACGGGAGGGGCGGAAUUCUUGAAGCGGCCGACGAGCGUUUGAACGGCGAGUUCGAACAGUGCGAAAUGGAGUGCUUGCUGGUUGUGGGAUUGUGUUGUGCUCAUCCGGAUUAUAACCGGCGGCCGUCUGUCAAACAAGCGAUCGGAGUUCUGCGCUUCGAAAUUCCGUUGCCUGCUCUUCCUCCGAAGAUGCCAGUUUUGGCGUGCGCACCGCCGACGGACCUGUUGAAUUUCAAUUAUACCUCAUCGUCCGCCGGAGCAUCGAGCGGCGUCGUUUCCGUCUCCACGAACUCGGCUACUGCUUCUGAAUCCUCCUCAUCCUCGCGACUUAAAUAG